UCAUUUCUACAGUAAAACAUUUUACUUUAAUUGAAAAGUAACCAUUAAAAAUGUGCAAAGUAAUGUUCAUUUUCGUUGUGGUCGCGCUUGCGCUUCAGAUUGCGGCCUACAGUGUAUCGGCUGUACCACAGCCUAGCUUUGGUUCCCAAGGCCCGCCACAGUCACCUUAUUCCGAAUGUUAUGAUGACCAAUAUCCGUAUGACAACUCAAGACCAUAUUCCGGGGAACGCUAUUAUGAUGAUGACAGAAGGUAUCCCCAACCCCAACCAAACCCCAAUGGUGGUUCUGGUGGAGGAUUGCCUGUUGGUGGCAUACUUGGCGCAAAAUUGGGACUGCUUGCCAAGAAAAAACAAAUAAUUGGCGGUCUUCUCGGCGGUGGUCUAGGCGGCAAUGGCGGCAAUGGAGGCGGGCUAUUGGGCUAGUGGCUUAUUCAGACGCUGAGAAUUGAAAACUUCGCAGCAGAAGCACUUUUAGUAUUAAGCAUCAUCUUCAUCAACCAAAGGAAGCCUACUGCUAGAUACAGGACUCUCCUAAGAUUUCAUUUUCAUGUUUUAUUUAUCAAUCUCAUUAAAGCUUAAAUAAUUAUUAA